AUGUCGACCCAUAGCGAAACUCCCGGCUCUCAACGGGAAUCUCUUAACCUUCUGCAGACCGGACUCUUCACAGUGUGCGAGGGUAUGAGUCCUGUUGAUGUCGACAUUGUUUUCGUUCAUGGCCUUGGCGGCCAUAUGACAAAGACUUGGACUGAGAAGACUAAUCCUGCCCAAGAUCAGAAGCACGGCAAGAAACGAGAGGCUUUUGCGAAACUAUUUCGUGGACAGCGUCACGCGUCCGGCUCGAACGCUGAUAAGGAAGAUUGCUUUUGGCCAGAGACUCUUCUGCCCCAGGAAUUUCCCAAUGCUCGUAUCAUGACUUAUGGAUAUGAAUCAAACAUUGCGCACUUCUUCAUAGCACUGCCCAACAACAAAGACGUCAUGAGCCAUGGGAGAGACCUAUUGGGUGUCUUGACGUCCAAGAGAAAAGCCUGUGAAAGCCGGCCGCUGAUGUUUAUUGCACACUCGCUGGGUGGUCUAGUUGUCAAAGCUUGUUUGAAUCGCUCACGCAAUGCAGUGGGCAAUGAUGUGGAUCUGGGCUUCGUUUGCUCGUCAGCCAUCGCCGUGUUGUUCUUUGGAACUCCCCACAGGGGCUCUGACUGGACUAACCUCGCCCGCAAAAUGCAAAAGGUUGUCAAGGCACUAGGCCUUCCAGCGCAAAAGGCCAACCUUGACCACCUCACGGCUGGUAACCGGAUCCUUGAUAUUCUCGAUGAUGAAUUCGUCCCAAUUCUUUCUUCUGGGCACUUGCACGUCACGUCCUUCCAAGAGCACAAAGCUAUCACAUGGGUGCCUGGGCUCGUCGAUGUAAUCGUUGACGAAGGGCACUCGGUGCUUUAUCAUAAGAACGAACGUAGAGUUGGUCUUGAUCAAGAGCAUAUAGAUAUGUGCAAGUUCGGAACCCGGGGCGCAACCUUGCAUGUGUAUCAGCAGAAGGUCCUUCCGGAGAUUCAGAGGCACCUUCGUCGGGCUGAAGUCAACCAAAUGAUCCGAGAGUCCGCAGAGGGGAGAGAGGAAGAAGAGAAAGAGAAAGAAGAGGAAAUGAGGCAAGAGAAAGAACGAGAGAAAAAGAGAGAGGAGUUCCGCAAAUAUUUGGUUGACUGCAGUCGAGAGAUCUCGCUCCGGGAGAAACAUAUCAGUCAAGCACAUCCCGAGACCCUUUCUUGGUUGUUGGAGCCUAAACCUAAGGGGCCUGGUAUUGUUUCUUGGAUCACCUCUUCCGACGGCAUCUUCUGGAUACAAGGCCUCCCUGGAUCGGGGAAAUCAACGGCCAUGAAGGUAUUAGCCGAGGGCAUGUCUCCUGAGUUCCUAAAGUCCGGUUGGUCUAGUGCGUCCAUGUUCCUGACAGAUCGCAUGGACGAGAAACAAAGAUCAUGGGAUACUGUACUGGCCUCCAUGAUCCACCACCUCUGCAAGACAUAUGCACCUUUGGAACAAAUUGUCAAUGAUCUUAUUACACCCAGCGAGGUCAACGACUCACUCAUGUCAAGACAGACACUGGAAGCCAUCCUUAUAACGUGCAAACGUCAGGUUGGGAUUGAAUUCUCAGUAUGCUUCUUCAUAGAUGGCCUUGAUGAAAUGGACCAAGAAAGAACCCCGAGACAUACAAUGGUUGAGUUUAUGGAGAUGCUAGUUUCGAAAGACGACACUCCGAAUUGCGGAGGGAAUUUCAAGAUAUGUACGGCCAGCCGACCGGAAAACGAGUUUGAACUAAGCUUGGAUGGAUAUCCGACUUUCAAGAUUCAAGACUACACCAUCAAGGACAUCGAAAGUUAUGCCGCCGCAAAGUUGCGACUUGGUGGCUUAGGCUCCAGGAUGAAUCAAAACGACCGUUCCAUACUGGAAACCAUUCGUCAAUACAUAGUCGAGGAAGCCAGGGGUGUCUUUCUCUGGGUCAUUCUAGUGGUUCAAGAUGUUUCCAAUCGUUAUGCUAACGGAGAACCUCUGAUGCGAAUCAAAGACGACAUAAACCAACUUUUCAAAGACAGCAGUAGUCAGCUUGGAAAAUUCUUCCUGCUCAUCUUGCACAGAACUCCUAAAAGCACAAGACAUCAAACCUACGCGCUCCUUGACACGCUUCUGAAGACGCGGUAG